AUUAGGGACUCAGAAUAUGUCUGAAGCUUUUAGUUCUAUGGAGGGCUUUUAUCCAUGAGAAUCGGCAUCUUCCUUCUCUGAUCAGACUUUAGACCCAUCUCUGAGGUAGGUGAGCAGCCAUCACUUUAUCAUGGGGCGGAUUCAUGAUCAGAAAUAUCAUCACGGCAUGGAAAUGAGAGAACCACAUAAUUACAACCUUCAAUCAGCUACAUGUGAGACUCGAAAACGAAGGCAAAAACACAAAUCCGCCCUGCUUACAGGCAAAUGUAGGCAACAUGUGUCUCCAUUUUUUCUUGGCUAUAUCAUUGCUAUAGCCAUGGCGAUCCGUUUCCUUGUUAUGGUGGGAAUCUGGGCUGCUGUAUUCAUGAAUUCAUUAGUCAUCCAAGGAGUCUCAUUUCCUUCACUGGAGAGUUAUUGUGGCCCAUGUCCUAAAAAUUGGAUAUGUUAUAAAAACAGCUGCUACCAAUUUUCCAAUGACAGCAAAAACUGGUACCAGAGCAAAGCCUCUUGUCAGUCUCAAAACUCCAGCCUCCUGAGGAUCUACAACAAAGCGGAUCAGGAUUUCCUUAAGCUGGUGAAGUCGUAUCAUUGGAUGGGACUAGAACAAAUUCCGGAAAAUAGAUCCUGGCGGUGGGAAGAUGGCUCAGUUCUCUCACCAGAUCAAAUCUCAAUGGUGGAAAUGCAGAAUGGAACUUGUGCUGUUUAUGCCUCAAGCUUUAAGGGCUACACAGAAAACUGUUUAACUCCAAACACGUACAUCUGCAUGCAGAGGCCUGUGCGAGGGCUCAGUAAAACCCAAUAAUAGAGGGUACAACGCGAACCCAAAAUGGUUGUUCUGCAGACCUGGAGCUUGUGGAAAUAGUGUUUCUAGGUCUUGGGGACUUGCUGGCUGCUCAUCCCUCUUUCUCCUUCAUUAUUUCCCUCUAUUGGUGGGGGAUGUCUAUCCACCAUUUUAUUGUAAAAGCACAUGGCUUAUUUCAUUUGACAAGUUCACAAUUUGAGGAGAUUUUUGCCUCUCUUACCCAUAUCUGAUUUAGAUUAUAUUUGAAGGAAGCUUUGGGCUUAAAAUUCUAAAGAGGUGGUCCUAGAAAGAGUCAAGACUAUUGGGAUCAUAAUGAUGUAUUUUUACCAAUGAGAAGGAUGUGAAUUCAGGGGUCCGUGGUAGAAUGUUAUAGACUGAACACUUGUAUUUCUCCAAAAUUUAUGUUUGAAACCUUAACUCCAAAUAUUAUGACACUAAGAGGUAGGGCUUUUGAAGGUGGUUUUGAUCAAGAGAGUAAAGCCAGCAUGGGUGAGAUUAAUACCAUAAAAGCAAAACCCCAGUGAUUUCUCUAGCCUUCUUCUUUUUGAUG